AUGGCUAGCCAAUCCAACCAAGGCUCCCAAGUAGGAAAUGAUCACAAGACCACGUACCAAACGCGAAGCCAGACGCAGGAAAACGCUGGGCCUACAGCUGCUGGUGAAAACAUGAAGCCUGACGCACGGUACUUCGUAGCUAAGGGCCCGCAGAUCCCAAAAGAAGGCAUGCCGCCAACCAUCCCAAGGGAGGAAAUAGAAGCUUGGAUGAAGGAACUUAACAAGUGA